AGCCCCCCGGCGCAGGGCCGGAGCCCCGAGAAGGUUCGAGGUGAGGGCCCGCGCGCCUUGAGCGAGGAGCCUCCCCCCCGGCCCCCAUCGCCGCGGCCCGCGAUGGCGGACGGCGGGGCUGCGGAUCCCCCUCGGGGGUCCGAGGCCUCGGCGCGGCGAGACUCCGUGGCCUCGGGGCUCGGCCGCGCGGGGCCCGAGGGCGCCCGUGCGAAGCACGCGGCCGCCAUCGACCUGAUCUGCAGGGACCCCAGCAGGCGCGACUACGCCCUGCGCGCGGCCGGGAACGCGGGACGGUCGCUCGUGUUCGCCAGCCAGGAUCACACCAAGGACCGCGACGUCGCGCUCGCGGCGCUGGGGCAGGACGGCCUGGCGCUGGAGUGGCUCUCGGCCGACCUGCGUGCGGACGGGCAGCUGCUGGUGAAGGCCGCGCUGCAGGACCGGAGGGCGCUGCUGCUCGCGACGGAGGAGCAGCGGGCGGACCCGGACCUGCUGCGGCCCGUGCUGGCGGCGGACGGGCUGGCGCUGGGACUGGCCGCGGAGGCGCUGCGCGCGGACCCCGAGCUGGUGCGCGUGGCCGUCGGGGAGAACGGGCUGGCGCUCGAGUUUGCGAGCGAGGAGCUGCGGGGCGACCGGGAGAUCGUGCUGCUGGCCGUGGGCCAGAGCGGGCACGCGCUGCAGUUCGCCGCCGCCGAGCUGCAGGGCGACCGGGAGGUCCUCCUCUGCGCCGCGGGGCGGAGCGCCUCCGCUCUGCACUGGGCCCCCGGCGCGCUGCGGGCGGACCGGGAGGUCUGCCUGCGAGCGGCGGCGGAGAAGCAGGCGCAGUGGUCGGACAGGGCGACGGUCCUGCAGGCGGUGGAGAGGUCGGGUGGUCUGCUGCAGUUCGCCACCGAGGGGCUGCGCGGCGACCCCGAGGUCGUACUGCGCGCAGUAGCGCAGGACUACCGCGCGCUCCGCUUUGCGGCCCAGGAGCUCCGGGCGGAUCGUGACUUCAUGCUGAAGGCUCUGGCGGUGGACUUCCGGGCGUGGCAGCACGGCGCGGAGGAGCUGCGGGGCACCCGGCACGUGGCCCUGCACGCCCUGGGCCAGGACGGCCGCACCCUGCAGUUCUGCCCCGAGGCGCUGCGCGCGGACCGCGACGCGGUGCUGCGCGCCGUCGACCAGGCGGGCAGCGCUCUGCAGUUCGCCUCCGAGGACCUCCGAGCGGACCGCGAGGUCGUGCUGCGGGCCAUGGCGAGCGACAGGUCCGCCCUGCUCUUCGCGCCCGAGAGGCUGCGGAGCGACCGGGGCGUGUGGCUGUACGCCGGGGCCCCCGCGCCGUGGUGAGGCGUGGCGGGGGCGGCAGAGGCCACGGCCGCCCCUUUGGAGGGGUGCUCCCGUGGCCCUCCUCCCUCCUCCUCCUCCUCCUCCUCCUCCUCCUC